AUGAAUCCUGCCCCCCUUUUGGACAGAGAGCCAGGCGACGAGUACCUGCGUCGUCUGGCCACUUUCAUUCGAACCAACGAGAAGAGUUUGGCCGAAGCAGGCGUCACUCGACGCCGUAGAGCUCAUCCCCCUCCCGUAUCUCCAGGAGCCACGUCCUUACUGAACCCUCUGGGCUGGUUUGCAUUCGGUACAAACCUCAGCUCGGUUUCAAAGCCCCUUGUAUUUUCCACCGACACACACCAUCUGUUCUACGUCUUGAUGCGGCUUGAAGCUUCGGAGUAUGAUGUGGGCACCUUGGAUGUUCACAUAGAAAGUCCCUCUAGACCGAUGAGUUACGUCGAGGUCUUUCCAGGAAAGGACAAAUCGGAUACACUCUCCCUUGCCUCCUUUCGGUCGUCCCUGUCAGUCGUAUCACGCCUGUCCCUCGGAGGGGGCUGGUGGUCGCGAGGUCCCCUCCCAACUGUCGACGCCGAGCUGAAAUAUAUCUACAGCAGCAUCACUAAACUUCCAGCUCUAUCAAUAUGUGCCCCUGGCAAGCACAUCAUUGACGAGUUGGUCAACGACCCUCCUGGCCAGAAUGCUCUUCCUCUGGAUGCCUUUAAGAAUCUUCAAAGCUUGGAGUGCACGGAUAUCGAUCCACGCACACUUUUGGGAUGGGAUCGUUUGGCAGAGUCGUUGAGAAGUUUGAGAAUCAAGAAGAGUGGCUUGGAAGAUAUUUCAGAUGUCCUGGUUGGGGCUGUUCUUGAUGAUCAGGCGAGGAGAGCGGGGAGCACCAGCCGAAAACGGAAAAGAAGGAUACCCAAGUGGUGUCAGUCUCCCCUACAUUGCACCCCUCUUCCAGAAACGGUUGUUGAGGAAGAGGAUGGUGAGCGCGGUACCGAAACCCACCCCGAAAGCGGCUCAUCGUCCCCUACACCCCAUACUCAGCUAUCCAGUUUGAAAUGGGCUUUUCUCAAACAUCUUUCCCUAUCCGACAAUUCCCUCACAUUUCUUCCCGCUGAUCCGCUUGCCUAUCUAACAUCAUUGACCCACCUUGAUCUCUCCUCCAAUCUUUUUGUGUCCGUUCCUCCCAGUCUCAGUGCUCUCUACAACCUAACCUCUCUGAACCUUUCCGACAACAUGAUCGAUUCCGUUCUGGGUAUUUAUUUGAACUUGGGACAAGUUCUUUCUCUCAAUCUCUCUCACAAUCGUCUCGAGUCCCUUUGUGGCUUGGAACGCCUGCAUGCACUGGAACGGGUGGAUUUGCGGUCAAACCUUAUUGACGAAAGCUCAGAAGUCGGAAGGUUAGCCACUCUCCCCAAUAUUACUGAUGUUUGGGUGGAAGGGAACCCAUUUGUGGAAAUCGAGGAGGCAUACAGAAUAAGUUGUUUUGACCACUUCUGGAAAGAAGGAAAGACCAUCACCCUUGAUGGAACACCACCAGGGUUCUAUGAAAGACGAAACCUCACCGUUUCUCCCCCUGAGCAAAUGUCUUCGAAUCGCGCACCCUUGAUUGCCCAUUCGCCCCCCGUCGUCUCCGUAGGCCAUGCUCAUGUCCAUGCCAACCGUUCAGAUCAUCCCUCUCCACCCACACUACCAACGCCGCCUUCAUCAAAUCCUUCGCCCCAUCUUGCACCUGUAACCGCUGUGAGCGUCAGCGGAAAGCCGCGGCGAAAGCAGCUGAAACGUAUUGUCGAUUUUGAAGAUAGCCGGAGUGAUUCUGGCUCGCGAGCGCCAUCUCACUCAAGGAUGCGUUCUGAAGAGUCACGCGUUGAAAAACGUCAGGCGAAGAUGCGACGAGAGGAAUCCCACACUUCUGAAGUGACUGACCAAGGUGGCAUUGCUCCCGAGGAUAUAACAUCACCAUCACAAGAUAAAUCAACAAAGAUGGCCUCGAUAGACUUUGAGGGAAGAAGUCCGCGUCGUCCGCGUCACAGCCGGUACCAAACAGACAUCUCACCACCUUCCGAGUUUGGUACGGGUGCAGUAAUGGCAGACGCACCUUUGACGCCAUCUUCGCUGAGGAAGAGUCGGGGAGCAACAAUGUCUGGGAAGCGACGGACGCGUGUGAGCGCUUCGAUUUACGAAGCCCCGUCUUCCGCGUCGGAUGAGGAGGGCAUGAAGGGCAACGGGGAGGCGUAUCGACGGCGGAUUGAGGCGCUGAAACAAGACAUGGGGGAUGGGUGGUUGAAGGUAUUUAGCCAGAGCCAGAUGAAGAGGGAUAUAGCUGGGGAUGUUCGGUGA